UUUAGGUACUGGGGCCAGGGUGGUAGAGCAGCCGCUGUUUCUGCAAAAGCACAGGUUGGAUGUUUUCCUGCCCUGGGCACUGAAGUAUGGCUGGUCUGGGCACGAGGCUCUGGCUGCUCCCGGUGACGCUCUGGCUGCUGCCUCUGCUCACAGGUGGGACCCCAGAAGACAAGAACAGCACUGACAACAGCACAGAUGGCAGGUGUUCCCCGGUGCACCAGAACAUGCGGUACGUGGCUGUCAAGAAGAACAUGCCCAUCUACUUCAUGUGCUACUCCCAGGAGCCCCAGCUCAUGCAGUGGUACAAGACAGCAGAGGACAGGGAGGACCUCUCUGUGCUGGAUCAGAACACAGCCAGCUACCACAUCGAGAGGACAACCACCUCCAUCAACCUGACCCUCCUCAGGACCAGCUCCAAGGACAGCGGGAUCUACGUGUGUGACAGGAAGGGCCUGGUGCAGAAGGAGAAGCUGCACUCGUGUGGGACAGAGCUCCGGGUCGUGGGUACCAGCAGCAUCAAGCAGUUCCAGAACAGGAACACACUGAAAGACGCCAUCAUCAUCAUCCAGUCCAUCCUGCUCGUCAUCUUCAUCAGCAUCCCCAUCCUCCUCUUCCUAGAUAAGGGUGAAGACAAGAAGAGCCCAGAGGAGGACCACACCUAUGAGGGGCUGGAGGUGGAGCAGAUGGCCACCUACGAGGACAUCACUCCUUUCCGGGACGUGAAGGCCAAGUGGACGGUGGGGGAGCACCCAGGUGAAGAGUGAGGGGUCCUGUGCCCCCUGCCAGGCCCUGCCAGGGCCCUGCCAGCCCCCGUGGGGACAGAUCCCCUGGAGCACAGCUCUGCCUGGAUCCCGGGCUGCCAACACCUGCACAGCCAGGGCUGGGAGCCUGCUGCCCUGGGGUGCUCACGUGUCUGGGCUGUGUCCCCGAGGCUGCCCUACCCCACUGUCACUGUCCCCACCCUGCUGACUGACCCCUAAAGCUUCUGUAGAAAUUAGGAGCCACCUGUGAUCCCCCAGCAGUGAACUGGUCACACAGCCCGGGCACUGAGCUCUAGCCUGGUCAGUGCCAAGGAAGGACUGGGAAUGAGGGCUCUGCUCCAGCCCCACCACCCCAGGAAGGACAGGACCAGGCACUGCAAGGACACUGCCAACAGCACCCUGGGGCUGUUGUGAGAAGUGAAUUUCAGGCCACCCUUCAGCUGCCAAAGCCAUGGCUGUGUCCACAGGCCCAGCUGGCAGAGGUCUGAGGUGCAGCAUCCCCCAAAAGCACCUCCUUUUCUCCAAAGACUAUGGAAGAGAUGGACAGAAAGGUCUCACCCCAAGGCUUGCUGCUCCCCAAGCAAGAACUGGCCCCUGUCACAGGGUUGUCCCCAUGGUGAAGGACAUGUGUGACCUCAGAUAAUCUGGGAAAAUUAUAAAUUGUGGGACACAAACCUCCAACUGCUUUUGAAGUCUUAAUAAAGGUAAUGGGUGAAUCCUCA